AAAAUAGGUUCACAUCCAGACCGGUCAGUGCGUAAGUCAACAACCUCCAAAAGUCCGCCAUCGAAGCGGUGUCCAGGAGCUCACCAGAUUCCACAGGGUAACCAAAUCGGUGCCGCCUUCUGGCAAACCAUUUCCGGCGAGCACGGUCUCGACAGCAAUGGUAUCUACAACGGCUCUUCCGAGCUCCAGCUGGAGCGCAUGAACGUCUACUUCAACGAGGCCUCCAACAACAAGUAUGUUCCUCGCGCUGUCCUCGUCGAUCUCGAGCCCGGCACCAUGGACGCCGUUCGUGCCGGUCCUUUCGGUCAGCUCUUCCGUCCCGACAACUUCAUUUUCGGCCAGUCUUCAGCCGGAAACAACUGGGCCAAGGGCCACUACACCGAGGGUGCUGAGCUCGUCGACCAAGUCCUCGACGUUGUCCGCCGCGAGGCCGAAGGCUGCGACUGCCUCCAGGGCUUCCAGAUCACCCACUCCCUCGGUGGUGGUACCGGAUCUGGUAUGGGAACUCUCCUGCUUUCCAAGAUCCGCGAGGAGUUUCCCGACCGAAUGAUGGCCACUUUCUCUGUUAUGCCAUCCCCCAAGGUGUCCGACACCGUCGUUGAGCCCUACAACGCCACUCUCUCCGUCCACCAGCUGGUCGAGAACUCUGACGAGACCUUUUGCAUUGAUAACGAGGCUCUUUACGACAUCUGCAUGCGCACCCUCAAGCUGAACAACCCUGCCUACGGUGACCUGAACUACCUCGUCUCUGCCGUCAUGUCAGGCAUCACCACCUGCUUGCGAUUCCCCGGUCAGCUCAACUCUGAUCUCCGCAAGCUGGCCGUGAACAUGGUUCCUUUCCCUCGUCUCCACUUCUUCAUGGUCGGCUUCGCUCCCCUGACCAGCCCCGGUGCUCACUCUUUCCGUGCCGUCACCGUGCCCGAACUCACCCAGCAGAUGUUCGACCCCAAGAACAUGAUGGCUGCUUCUGACUUCCGCAACGGUCGCUACCUGACCUGCUGCUCUAUCUUCCGUGGCAAGGUCGCCAUGAAGGAGGUUGAGGACCAGAUGCGAAACGUGCAGAACAAGAACUCCACCUACUUCGUUGAGUGGAUCCCCAACAACAUCCAGACUGCCCUCUGCGCCAUCCCCCCUCGUGGCCUGAAGAUGUCAUCCACCUUCAUUGGUAACUCCACCUCCAUCCAGGAGCUGUUCAAGCGUGUCGGCGAGCAGUUUAGCGCCAUGUUCCGUCGCAAGGCUUUCUUGCAUUGGUACACUGGCGAGGGUAUGGACGAGAUGGAGUUCACUGAGGCCGAGUCCAACAUGAACGACUUGGUGUCUGAGUACCAGCAAUACCAGGAGGCUGGUAUUGACGAGGAGGAGGAGUACGAGGAUGAGGCCCCCAUGGAGGCCGAGGAGUAA